AUGUUCACACCUUGUCUUGGAAUCAUCUUUCAAAGAGUUGCAGAUAAGAAAGUUACCGGACACAAACUGUUUCAAAGUUUCAUCGAGGAAAAUAAAGUAUGCUUCUGGAAUUCGAAUUUAGUGGAAGCAAUAAAUUCCACAAAAUAUAUUGGCUAUAUUAAGCCAUCAACACUAUUUAUAACUUCAAUUAGCGAGCAACAUAUGCAAACACUGCGCGAUGCUUGGAUUCGACGGAUUUUGAAACCAGCAAAAGGAUACCGAAUCGAGACUCUUGGUGACGUGGAAAAUAUUGGGAUGCAUAAGAUUGAUCAAAUGCAUUUAGUACCAUUGCUGGAUAUUAUUUGUGAUGUGAUAUUCAAAAUGAAUCGAAGUGGCCGUCCAGCAGUUUUGGAUGCUUUGCUGAAUGAGAUUCGUAAAGAAUAUCCAAAAAUAGAACCUCCCUCACCGAAGACAUUUCGGCAAGCCAUUCAAACCCUCUUGAAACAGAAAAUCUUGAAACAUGAUCUGGAACAACUGUAUAUCUGUUUUCCUCCUACAGCGCCUUAUCACACCAUCAAAAUUCCUUCCAAAUGUACCGUCGAAUGCCAAACUGGACAAAGUGUCAUGAACGGCUGUGCUCCGUCAAAUUCAUUGAAAAUCAAAAAAGGUCUACUGACCAGGUUGUUCAUGAAAAAAGACAACCUCCUGAAAACUUCGCGACUUUGUCAAAACUCCAGUAGUCUCCCAGAACAAUGGAAAAAUCCGGAGGUGCCAACAUCCAGUGCUCAAUCAAACACCACUGGCGAAACAUCUUCCACAGCACAAAAGUAA